GAGCGGAAGCGGCAGCGAGAGGCUUGGAGGAGCGGCGGCUGCCGAGCGGCGGGAAGCGGGCGGGCAACGGGGGCCGCGGCCCGGGCUGAGCCAGGGCCAUGGAGCCGCCGCUGCCGGGCUAGGCAGGUGCAGCCCCGCCGGGCCCGCGGCGAUGUCGGGCUACCCGCGCCGCUUGGGCGCCACCCCGCUGUCCCGCGCCCGGAGCAUCGUCAUUCCCGACGCUCCAGCGUUCUUUGAGCGCCGGUCUUGUCUCCCCCAUCUAGACUGUGAGCGCCCUCAUGGCAGGGACCUGGACUCCCCCUUCUUCGGCAUUCGGCCGGCCUUUAUGUGCUAUGUGCCCAGCCUGGUGCUGGCUUCCGUGGGAGACACAGAUUUUGGCUAUGGAAAGGGGAAAUGUUCUAAGCAAAGCCCAUCAGGAGCCCAUCAGACACAUUUUGGAGAUGACAAAUUUGAAGAUCUUGAAGAGGCAAAUCCGUUCUCCUUUAAAGAGUUUCUAAAGACCAAGAACCUCGGCCUGUCAAAAGAGGACCCGGCCAGCAGAAUUUAUGCAAAGGAAGCCUCGAGGCAUUCGCUGGGACUCGACCACAACUCCCCAAUCUCCCAAACCGGGGCGUAUGGCUUGGAGUAUCAGCAGCCGUUUUUCAAAGACCCAACAGGGGCCAGUGACCUCCUGGAUGAGGAGGAGGACGAGGACACCAGAUGGAGUGGGGCCUACCUGCCAUCCGCCAUGGAGCAGACUCACCCCGAGAGGCUCCCUGCUGGCACAUACCUUUCCUUUCUCUCCACCCCAGCAGAGCUGUCAGGGCCUGAGUCUCUGCCCCCUUGGGCAUUGAGUGACACUGAUUCCCGAGUGUCUCUGGCCUCACCAGCAGGGAGUCCUAGCGCAGACUUUGCGGCUCAUGGAGAGUCUCUCGGGGACAGGCACCUACGGACGCUGCAGAUAAGUUACGAAGCACUGAAAGAUGAAAAUUCUAAGCUGAGAAGGAAGCUGAAUGAGGUUCAGAGCUUCUCUGAAGCUCAAACAGAAAUGGUGAGGACACUUGAGCGGAAAUUAGAAGCAAAAAUGAUCAAGGAGGAAAGUGACUACCAUGACCUGGAGUCAGUGGUUCAGCAGGUGGAGCAAAACCUGGAGCUGAUGACCAAACGGGCUGUAAAGGCAGAAAACCACGUCAUGAAACUGAAACAGGAAGUAAAUUUGCUUCAGGCGCAGGUCUCCAACUUCCAGCGAGAGAACGAAGCCCUGCGGUGCGGCCAGGGUGCCAGCCUGACAGUGGUGAAGCAGAACGCCAACAUAGCUUUGCAGAAUCUCCGAGGGGUCAUGAGCGGUGCACAGGCUUCCAUCAAGCAACUGGUUUCGGGAGCCGAGACGCUGAAUCUUGUUGUUGAAAUCCUUAAAUCUAUAGACAGAAUUUCUGAGAUUACAGAUGAGGAGGACCCUUGAGGACCCCUGGGUGUUUUCGGCUGUGUGUAUGCCCUGAGAUCACCACCGCUUGUCUAAAUGUGCAGUUGUGCCCUUGGAGUAAAGUGUUUAUCGUGAGCGAGGUUCCAGUGUGGUGCCCUUGGCCGGUUCUGGCCACUGCAGCGGGAGCAGCCCCUGGCUGAGUUGCCCAGGAGUUUCUGUGCAGCCCUUCUUGGUGAAAUCCCUGCAAUUUUAUGGAUUCUAAUGUGCUCUGGAAGACAUUGUUAUAAAAGCCAGUCAUUUUAAGAAAUUACUAAACACCAGAAGAGCGGUUCUGUCAUCAGCGUUUUCCUUCUGAUCCCAGAACAGCAGCUGUAAAAUAACUACAAUUGAUUGUCCUUGAUUUCCUAAGUAGAAAAAACACUCAAUGAGCCUCAGAGGUGGCAGCCUGGGCAGGGACCUGUGCCUUCCGCUGGCACUCAGGGCUCCAUCUGGCUCCCAGGUCACUCUCGCGGCCCCAGCGGGUGGUCUCUGCAGUCCUGGCCUGAGUGUGGAGGGGCCACCGUGUGGCUGCUGGUGUCCUCCCCCCUGGACCUGGGGACCAAGACCACGCAUUCCGUGCUAAAUGGGCCUCAUUGGCUGGGGGUUCUAAUUGUUUUCAAGCAACAUUUUGUACGUUUCGGCUGAGAAUUCAGGAAUUUCAAGUAUGAGCAGAGCCUGCCCAGGUUUGUAUGAGGUCCCAGCUGCCUUUCUGACCGCCUCCCACAGAGGGAAGGCCACACGCACUAAAUGCCUUUUAAACUAUUUUCCUAUAGAUGUUUUUUUAACAAGUUUGUUUCUCCUCCUUUCCAAUUGAUAGCUUUCUUAUUUAAAUAAAUUCUGCAGUUCA